UUUGAAUGCCGCAUCGUGGACGAUACGGCGCCGUCGCGUUCGUGGCGGCGCUGCUCUUCGGCACGAGCACCAUGCACACGUCCAAGUUCGUCUACAGCAUCCACAGCCUCGGUCUGGAAGAAGUGCCCAAAACGUUCGAGAAACCCCUCAUGCAAACAUUUCUCAUGUUCGUCGCCAUGGCACUGGCCCUCGUCGUGCACGGGUUCUUGGAGUGCACUCGGCCCAAGGCAGAGCGAUACCGAUUCCGGUGGUCGUCGUCGUUCAAGCUGUGCGUUCCCGCCGUCGCGGAUCUCAUCGCGACCGCGCUCGGCAGCGUCGCCCUGCUCUACGUGAACGUGAGCUUUUUCCAACUCGCCCGGUGCACUAUCAUCAUCUACGUCGCGACUCUCAAAGUGAUUUUCCUCAAGUUCUCCAUGACUGGGUACAUGCGUUUUGGCAUCGUCGUCAUGUCGUUUGCUAUCGUGCUGAUCAGCGCAUCGUGCCUCGCGAGUGCCAACGAUCUAGUGCGCACCCUCGUCGGCGUGUGUGUACUGUUGCUGGCGUGCCUCACGUCUGCGAUGCAGUACGUCCUGGAGGAAGUGUUCAUGAAGAAGCCGGUCCAGACGGACAAAAACGAUUCGGUCGAGGACGCGGUGUCCAACCCGCCCCUGGUCGUGAUCGGCAUGGAAGGAGUGUGGGGCACGCUCCUCAUGUUGUUUGUCGUGAUGCCGAUUGCGUACGCGAUUCCGGGUGCUGACAACGGACAUGUCGAAGACUUUUUCGACUCGAUCGAGAUGAUGCAGAACAGCACGACCCUGACGUACUACUGCAUCCUGUACGUGAUCUCGAUCACCGGAUUCAACGUUGCUUCCAUCUACGUCACGUUCUUCCUCGACGCUGUGUGGCGCUCCAUCCUUGUCAACUUCCGACCCGUUGCAAUCUGGGUCACGUCCUUGCUCUUCUACUACGUGUUUACGAAUGGCACGUACGGCGAGACGUGGACGAACUGGAGCUGGUUGCAGUUGGCCGGCAUGCUGCUGCUGUUCUUUGGCACGGCCGUCUACAACGAAAACAUCAAGCUUCGUUGCUUCACGUACCCAUCGCAGAAACAAGACGAGCAUGAGAAGACUGGCGUCGUUUCCGACGAGAGCGACGACUGCGCCGCGCCCGCCGUUGUCGUGGUUGCCACAGCCUAACAUUGUACUUCUAUCUGUUCCAUGGACAUACCAUUUUUAUCCGGACGAGUUCAAACGGUCCUAUACAUAUGUCAGUAUAAAUGGGCCACUUCAAGCCGGGGAGCAUCCGGAUAACCC